AUGGAGCAAGCUCAGCGGCAUGCAACUGCAUUUCUGUCACCUGCCAAUGCUGACAUUCUAGGGCUCUUGCAGCAUUUCUGGUGGGAACAGGGAGACUCCUGGCAAGAGCAAUGGGAGAAACUGUACAAUUACUACAGUGACAAUGAACUGGCUUUAUUCUUCUUGUGCACAAUAGUGAUUCCAGCCUUGUCCUUCUGGAUGUAUAAUGCUGUCCUGAUUGUGAUUCACUUGACUGGAAAGCCUCAUUUCUUCACUGAAUAUAAAAUUCAGAAGAAUCAUCCAGCGGAUCUGGCCAAGCUCGGACGUGCCUUGAUCACUGUAGUCUGCAACCAGAUCUUCAUCUCUAUCCCAAUGAUAAUGCUGAUGUAUCCAAUAAUGAAGUACUUUGGCAAUCCAUGCAGCAUCAAGUUACACACAUAUUACUUGGUUUUACUGGAUUUGAUUAUCUGUGUGUUAAUUGAAGAAACCUUCUUUUACUAUUCACAUUGGCUUUUACACCACCACAAGAUUUACAAAUAUAUCCACAAGAAGCACCACGAUUGGACGGCACCUAUAGGAAUUGUUGGCUUCUACUCUCAUCCUUUAGACCACAUUUUAUCUAACAUGUUGCCAGCCAUAAUUGGUCCAAUGCUAAUGGGAUCUCAUGUGACUUCCAUUAUGUUGUGGUUCUCUAUUGUUGUAAUUGGCACCACAAUCACACACUCUGGCUACCACCUGCCUUUUCUCCCAUCCCCACAAUUCCAUGAUUUCCAUCAUCUCAAGAGUAACCAGUGCUAUGGAAUUGUGGGAAUUCUGGACAGAUUGAAUGGGACAGAUUUGUUAUUUAGGCAAAACAAAGCCUAUGACAGACACAUCUUACUAUUCGGACUCACCCCACUCAAUAAAAGCCUCCCCCCCCCCCCCCAAAAAAAAAAAUCCACGGAUACUCAGACACCUUAUGUUUGGGAAAAUUAUCACAGAUUUAUUAAUAAAUAA